AUGGUGGACUACUGGAGGAAAGGACGACAGCGGCAUGUUAACCAGUUGCCACGCGAUCAAAUGAAUUACUUUCUAAUCGCCCUCAUCAAUCUCCAGAGCUGUGCACAAACACCUAUUCUCUUCAUUGUUUCCAACGAGGUUAGUGCUUGA